AUGACUGUCAAGAGAAUCUUGCAUUUAGGACUCUUCGUAACGGUACUGAUAAAUUUGCAUGGUUCAGCCGAUGAAAGCUCCAAUACGGAUGCAAAGUGUCAAUUCGGUAAAAGCCUGCGAAAACAGGUCAAUGUGGAACCAAUAAAUGGCACCUGUUUACGUGAAAUUGUAGUUCGACUAUCGAACGAGUUUCGUUCAAUCACGGAUGCGGAACUUGGUUUGAAACCAUUUCAAAAAAUGCUGGGAGAAAUGGAGUUCAUGAAUGUCUCAAGUAGUUUGAACAUGAGGUUGAGCUUACUGGUAGAUACAUUGAACAAUAAGUUGUUGUCCUAUGCUGAACUUCUGAAACAGAGCUAUAACAUUGUACAGCCUAUUUUAACAAAAAGUGAAAAUCAAUUUGAGUAUCCAGGAUCUAUAGGGGGAUUAGACUUAGUAUCAAAUGGAUUGUCUGACUUCUGCUCACAGAUUACACAAGAAUUAGCAAUUCAUUUGAGAAAUCAGGAAUGGAAGAAUUUGCAUCUGUUGCCUUUUAUGUAUCCAGCCACUAUGUGUGGUCCUCCUAAUGCAGGGCACAAUAUUGGACCCCUUUUAUUAUCUCAGUAUUGUUCAAGAAAGAAUGUCCUCUUGAUGAUUGAACAUGGCAUAUGUAUGUCUGAAGGGGAUAUUACUCUGGCUCAAAUAACUGCAGAGAGGAUAAUUGACAUGCUGUCCCAGACAGACUAUGUUAAUGUCAUUGGUCUUUCUGCUAAUAAUACUGUACAUUGUAAGGAUGGUUUAUUAAAAGCUACAGAUAUCAAUAAGUUUCAAUUAGCACGAUUUAUUUAUAGUUUGACCAGGACAGAAACAAAUGAUACAGUUGAUUUUGAUUUUAAUAAGUUACUACAAUAUAUAAAAGGUGAAGUGGUAUUCAUACAUUUAACAAAUACAUUGAAACAAGCUUCACAUUUAAAAAAGAUAAGAAACAUGAUUUCUACAGGAAAAAUAAACGGUUACUUAAGAACAGUACUUAUUCUUUCAGACCAGGAGCCACACUCCAACACUAAAGAAUACAGUGACAGCAUUGUAACUCUUCCAACACAGAAUAUACUUGGUUAUGAGAUAGCAAAGUUAUUUUCUGACUUAAAAUGUUCUGAAGAACAUAAGAAAGAUUAUUAUUUGUCCGAUCCAUAUUUUGAUCUAUACAGUAAAACAAUGACUUUGUCUAUUGGUCAUGUUACAGACAAAGCAUUAAUAUCCUUGAAUAUUAAACUACAGAAUUUCCUUGAUGACAUAACAUAUUUUAAUGCUGGUGUACAUGUAUACGCUAUACUGUUCGAUAGCAAAGGUAUAGUUUGGAUUCACAAAGAUUUUCCGCGAACGGAGACAAUGAUGGACCAGCCACGUAAAGUUGAUUUACACCAUAUAGAGAAUAUUAGUCCUGUAAAAGUAAGGACAAUGAUUCAGGAACACGAGGGUACUAUGAAUGUGAAAACACAUCUAGGGAAACAGAAGUGGUAUCGAUGGAAACAUUUGACAUACACAGAUUUAAUAGUAUGCUUGGUGUCAGCAACCAACGAAAGUGUACUACCCGUUGCAAAAUUAGUGCCAACAUUAUCAAUGAAUAUUUUACAUCAUCGUCUUGACCUCUUGAUACACAGUAUUGCCGACAAAGGCAUUUUAUGCACUUAUCAUAAUAAACUUUUGUCUUUGUCAACAGGAGUUGUCUAUCUUUCUCCAUGGUGCUUCCAAUCUCCAAUAGAACAAUUUAAAUUGUUGGAAACUGGAAUUGCCGUGACAAUGCAGAGUUAUAUGGCAUACUUGAAGGAUUUAACAGGAUUGUUAGCCAAUCCUGGUUUACAUCAGUCUGUCAGACCAGACGUAGCUAUGUUGACUCAAAUGUUGGGUUACUUUAAAAGUAGACACAUAGAAAGUGCUUUAAAUAAGUUUAUAAUAAGAAGAUACAUUGUUGGAACUGUGAGUGGAGUCUUAGAGAUAUAUCCAGGAAUUAUGCUGGAUUCUGGUUUCGAUCCUAAAAGAAGAAUAUGGUAUGGAAACGCGUUGGAACAUCUAGGAAAAUUAGUUUUCACACCUCCAUACUUAGGUGCUGGUGGUUCUGGAUACGUUGUCACUCUGAGUCAUCCUGUUUAUCGUAGUUCAGAAUCAACCACGAACAAUGAUGCUAUUGCUGUUGUGUCUAUGGACGUUGCACUGGGUUUUAUUUCAAGACUUUUGAAAGAAAUGUUUCCAUUUUGUAAUAACUCGACGGUAAAAUGUUUUUUAAUGGAUGAUAAGGGAUAUUUAGUGUCACACCCAGCACUUUUAGAGCCAAUUGGUAAAAUUGAGCAACAACACUUAACUCAUAAAGAAUUGUUGGUAACAAACGACAUCCUGAACCACAAGCUUUUCGUAAAAAAGAAAGCUUGCGCGAAUUACUUAGACGGUACCGUGCAAAGAUAUUAUCAAUUUAAUACCUCGCUUGACGAAGUGCUUACCAAUAUAGUUCAUGGCGAACAUUGCGUUAAGUAUCAAGUAGCAGCUGUACCGGGAACGAAUGUGUUCUUAGGUGUAGUUAACGUGACCUGCAGUUUAUUAAGAGCUUUCUGUCCAUGUAGCACAAUGGACCGCUCAUGUUUGAACUGUAAAAGAAUGGAGCAAACUGAAUGUGAAUGCCCCUGUGAAUGUGCUUUGUACUAUUCAAAUUGUGCAGAAUACAAUACAAACGAAAUGAAUGAUCUCGAACCUUGUCCAGUGCCGUACGAACAAGGAGGAAAUUCGCAGAUGUCUUGGAUACAAUCUACAAACCUGAAAACGUGUCCGUCCAUUGAUUGUAAAAUGUUCAAGACAGAUAACGAAUGUUUAGGAAUUGUGGGUUGUCAGUGGUGCCAUGUUGACAAUGACGGAGAGACGCCAUUACAAACUCCUUAUUGCAACGAUAUGUCUCGAUGUUUCCGAGGCAUUCUGGGAUCUUUCAUGCCUCUUAGCGAUGGAACAUACAAUUCUCAAUCAACAGAUGACAUCGCAGUGCGGGAAUGGCCAUCGGUUGGACCGGUAGCUGGAGGAAUAUUGGCAUUUCUUUUAAUACUAGGUGUAAUGUUGUUCUGUUAUAGACUUCGAUCUGUUCAAUCAGGGUUAGAGCAUCAGUGUUUGCAUAUACAUACGUCACCUGAUACGUUACGCAUGACACAUUUGGAAGGCGAUGUAGAACCUAUGGAGCUAGAGCAGACGAAAAAUAAUUUAGAUUCUCUCAUAAGGGAUGGCAUAGCGCCUAUAUCACCAUACAAGGUUUCUACAAAUUAUAGGAAACCACCUGGUGGAGAUAGCGAUCAUGGAUACAGUACAAUGACACCCCAUGAUGAUUCUGAACAGCAAACGUUCGCUGAACCAUUAUUAGUAGUCGGUAGUAAUACCGAACCUGAUCUGAGAAGACGAUCUAUUUGUCUCUCAUCCCCGACCACUCAUUUAGGCUCUCCCCAUCAUGUUUUAGCUCCAGUCACUGUUCAUUGUAACAUGGAGGCAAAUUUUUGUUAA